AUGUGGCGACUAGUCGCGAUUUGGGCUCUUCCUGCUGUGGCAGCGGACUACAACGUAAUCAACCUCGACAACGCCACGUUCCCAUUGCUGGUGGGCCGAAGGGAUUGGCCGGUGCUUGUCCGCUUCGACCGGGAGUACCCGUUCGGGGAGAAGGCCGAUGCCUUCAAAGCGGUGGCCGCCGUCGUCGCCAAGAGCAGCAGCAACACGCUGAUGGCCUCCGUGGGAAUCUCGACUUACGGCGAGAAGCAGAACCAAGAUGUGGCAAGACGAUUUGGCCUUAUUCCCAAAGACAAAGAAGAGUUGGAAAACAGCGACAUGGACAAGCUAUUCCCGAAGAUCUUGUAUUUCAAGCCAGGUGACUUGGAAGGGCAAUUGUACAAUGGAAAGGUCACCAAGGCCGGGUUGCUGAAGUUUCUGGGCAUCGAAGCGAAGACCUGCGACGUCCUCACCGGCGAAUUUUGCAACGAAGAGCAGAAGAGGCAGCUGAGAUCCCUCUCUGGGAAGAGCCCGGAGGAGCUGCAGCAACUCCUGGAGACCUUGACCAAGAGAUCGGCGCAGACGCUGAAGAAGGAGGAACGCAAGGAAGUGGAGGGACAGCUGGCGGUUCUGAAAAAGGUCUUGAAGGCGCAGAAGAAGGCCAAAAAGCAGUGA